UUUGGCCUCUGUGCUCAGCUCAGCCCUGAGCAGGACCGGCGCAGCUCCAUGGUGGGCACUGCUCACUGGAUGGCCCCAGAAGUUGUGACCAGAUCUCCUUAUGGCCCCAAGGUGGACAUCUGGGCCUUUGGCAUUGUGACCAUCGAGAUGGUGGAAGGAGAACCUCCUUACUUCAGGGAAACGGGGGCCAUGGCUCGCGCUCUGAUCCGGCAGAACGGGACCCCGCAGCUGCAGGAGCCCCGGCGCCUGUCGGCUCUGCUGCGGGACUUCCUCGAGUGCAGCCUGGAGCCGGACGAGGAGCGGCGCUGGGCUGCCCAGGAGCUGCUGCAGCACCCAUUUUUGUCAUCAGCCAAGCCUCUCUCCAGCCUGACCCCUGUGAUCACUGCAGCGAAGCAACUGAAGGAGCAGCGGAGGAGAUGAAGCACUUGAGGAGAG